CGCGCGCGGACUACAGCUCCCGCCGUGCCCCGCGCGGCUGCACUCGGAGAGGCCGCGGAGCAGCAGGACCCGUCGCCGCCGUCCCCUUCCCCGCAGCGGCUGUUGCGCCUACCCUAGUCCCCGGCUUCGCUUGCGGCCUACCCCGGUUCCUCGGCAUGGCGCGGCCCGUCGUGCCCAGCUCGCAGAAGGCGCUGCUGCUGGAGCUCAAAGGGCUGCAGGAGGAGCCCGUGGAAGGGUUCCGGGUCAACCUGGUGGACGAGGGGGACCUCUACAACUGGGAGGUGGCCAUCUUCGGCCCCCCGAACACCUACUAUGAGGGCGGGUACUUCAAGGCUCGUCUCCGUUUUCCCAUUGACUACCCCUAUUCUCCUCCUGCCUUUAGGUUCUUAACCAAAAUGUGGCACCCCAACAUCUACGAGACUGGCGACGUCUGCAUCUCCAUCCUGCACCCGCCAGUGGACGACCCGCAGAGCGGGGAGCUGCCAUCAGAGCGGUGGAACCCCACCCAGAACGUGCGGACCAUUCUCCUGAGCGUGAUCUCGCUGCUGAAUGAGCCCAACACGUUUUCUCCAGCCAACGUGGACGCCUCCGUGAUGUACCGCAAGUGGAAGGAGAGCAAAGGGAAGGACCGGGAGUACACGGACAUCAUCAGGAAGCAAGUCUUGGGCACGAAGGUGGACGCUGAGCGGGAUGGCGUGAAGGUCCCCACCACGCUGGCAGAGUACUGUGUGAAGACCAAGACUCCAGCCCCAGAUGAGGGCUCGGACCUCUUCUAUGAUGACUAUUAUGAGGAUGAUGAGAUGGAGGAGGAAGCAGACAGCUGUUACGGUGAUGAGGAUGACUCCGGCAAUGAGGAAUCUUGAUGGUCCUCUGGCAUUGCAAAACUUACUAUGAACUACUGAAUUUUACCUCAACUAGGACAAACUGGUUUGAAUUAGGAUCUGUCAGCCCUGAAAUUAACUCUCUACCUCGCAGGGAGACUGUUCUGCUGUUGCAAAGGAAAUCCCACCGCUGUCUUUGUAGAAAAAGCAUAAAACAAAACCCCUAUUUUGUAAAAUUCCUGGGUGGGGGUGGGUGGGGAGGGGGAAGUUGUGUUGGGGUGUUCAGGAAUCCACAGAACCCGGGGAGCUGGUGGCUCUGGCUGGGUGAGAAGUGAUGGCACGACCUGGUGGUGGCUGCCCAUCUGUUGGGCACUGUGAGCUCCUCUUCAGCCUGGUGCGGGGGGGAGCGAUUUGGGGAGGCUGCGGAGCUGGUGAGCGGUCACUUUGGGUGGGAAGCGUGUGAAGUCUUUGCGGUGUCCGAGCAGGAAGGGCUGUGGGGUGAGCGCUGCUGCCCUCAGCCCCCGGUGGAGCUGUCCCUGGUAGGACCCUUCCCGUGGUGCUGGAGCCAUGUCUGCAGGGAGCGGGAAGGGCCGGGGCAUCGGGCAGGACAUGCCUGGCACUGCUGGGCCUGGGGAUGGCUGUUUGUAGUUUUUAACUAGCUGGGAGGGACGAGGUAGUUCUGAGUCUGCUUCUGGUUUUGGUUUUGGGUUUUGCCUUUUUUUUUUUUUUGAAACUAUUUAAUAAAGUAUUUCCAGGGAACA